UUCUCCAUAUUGCACAAUAAAGAAAGCCAAUGAAUAAGUACCCCAAAGAAUACAUACAAACCAAAAACCUAUACUUAACAGGGUAAUUAUAGUAGUGAUCAGUCUCAAUCAUCAAAGGAGGACCAUAGAAAUCACGGAGUAUGGAUUCUCUUCUUCUAAACAACCACAUUACAUUAACAAUAUGUUUGUGUGCUUUCUCAACUCCCAUCUUCUCAUCAUCCUCACCACCAACCUCCUUCAAUCCCAACAAACACUUACCAACACAUCUCGCCGCGAAUCUCAUCCGAACCCGAAUGGCGUCCGCCUCCUCAAAAGUCAAUCCCCCCAUGCUCGACGAGUCAACUCCGAGCAGGCCCGCCGACUCAUUAACGCGACUCAUCGAGUUGUGCACCAAUGAUCGGCACCGCGACAACGCCAGCCUGGCGCUCGGAGGCUCAUACCUGGCGUUCGACGACGGGAGGUGGCGGUCGAGAGCUUCGGUUAAGGACGUGGCUCGCAACAAGUAGGAUACGACAUCUACAAGGAUCAACUUCAAGACAACCAACCAAACACUUGACCCAAUUUACCACAAUUGAUUAACCAAGCACACAAAAUCAGCAGCACAUCAAAUAAACCACAAUCAAAUAUGAAGAAUAAAGAUGCAAACGACACACGAUUUUUAUACGUGGAAAACCCCUUCGAUGUGAAGGAUAAAAACCACGGGACAAGGGAGACGUGAUGAUGGUGCCAGCUUCGAUGUGAAGGAUAAAAACCCCUUCGAUGUGAAGGAUAAAAACCACUCAGACUGGCUCAAAAUGGGUUGAGUCUCAUUUUCAAACCAUUAAGACUCUUCACUUGUAUGCAGAAUAUCUUUUGGUGGUGAGAUUCUUUUCUUCCAUGAAACGUCGAUUCAUGUUGUGAUUAGAGACAAAUCGGACAGUAAACAUCAUUUCGGUUGAAUGAAAUGUCUCAUUUUUCUCUCUUUCAAGCAUACAUAUCCAGGUGUAGCCGUUCAUUCCUUCUCAACUGCAAUGAAUCUCCAAGUGCUCUAUCUGUANCCACUCAGACUGGCUCAAAAUGGGUUGAGUCUCAUUUUCAAACCAUUAAGACUCUUCACUUGUAUGCAGAAUAUCUUUUGGUGGUGAGAUUCUUUUCUUCCAUGAAACGUCGAUUCAUGUUGUGAUUAGAGACAAAUCGGACAGUAAACAUCAUUUCGGUUGAAUGAAAUGUCUCAUUUUUCUCUCUUUCAAGCAUACAUAUCCAGGUGUAGCCGUUCAUUCCUUCUCAACUGCAAUGAAUCUCCAAGUGCUCUAUCUGUAUGAAUUCAGUUUUUCGGAGGAGGGUGCUUUAACUACUUUAAUUCAACUCCUUAAAAAAUGCCCAACUCUGCGUGUACUGAAAUUCUUGUCGAGAGAUAAGGUUGUAAUAUGCAUCAUUUAAUUGAUGUAUAUGGUGAUUAAUGUAACACCCAUGUGCUAUGAUGAUGCCAGCUGCUAUGAAGAGGGUGGUCACUAGAACAACAAGAGCAAGGAAGACGUGAUGAUGGUGCCAGCUGCUAUGAAGAGGGUGGUCACUAGAACAACAAGAGCAAGGAAGAUUAGGGUGUUGAGUUUUUUGGUUUUUGGGUUAUUUGGUGGAAAGGGCUUUUGGUGUGGUUGAUCACUGUGAAGAAUGGAUAUGGUGAUGCUUUCAUUACUGGAUGAAUC